AUGUCCCUAUGUACGGCGCUAAAGGGGAACGCAUGGAUCCUGUCAGCAAUACGAGCCUGUAGCACAACGGCGGAGAAUGCCCGUCUCCUGGAUCAGGAUGGUCCAGAUUUGCCUCAACUUCUGCUCGAUUGCUUCUUGAAAUUAGAGCGAAAGGAAAAUGAUACCUUCAGAUCAAAACAUCUACUACGCGGGCGAAAGUCUUUCCCUCAUAUUUAUGGUGGUCAGGUUGUUGCACAAGCACUCAAAUCCGCAACUGAGACUGUCGACACAUCCUUAUCUCCGCAUUCGAUGCAUUGCUACUUCGUGAAGGCAGGCUCUGUUCUUGAACCCGUUGAUUACCACGUCGAAAGGAUUCGUGAUGGAAAGAGCUUUUCAACGCGUCUAGUGAGGGCGAAACAGAAUGAUGACAUUUUGUUCACCGCUCAAGCAUCAUUUCAGGUUCUAUGCUUCUGCUUUAUUCGAACACAGAAUAGCAAUCCAAAGAACCACGAAGAGUCUAGCCAUAUGGAGCAUCAGACCAAAGUUAGAUUACCUGAAGGUCCUGAUGGACUUUUAGAUGCUAGGACGUUGAUGAGCAAGUCUCUCAAGGAGGCCCAGAAUGACAAACUCACGCCUGCUCAAUUAUUCAUGGCCUAUAAGCUUGCUGAAUUCCCUCCUACAUUUCAUAGGAUCUUCGAGGCUCGGCCCGUUAACCAAAAUGUCUAUAAACCUGACUUAAACGGGCCCUUACACAGUACUACUUACGAUAUGUGGAUUAAACCAGUGCUCAACAUAGGUGACGAUAAAUUAUCUCAUCAAUAUAUGGCUGCUUAUAUAUCCGAUUCUACUAUGGUUGAAACGGCCAUCAUACCUCAUCUAGCUCAGGGAUUUGUUGUAGGAAUGGCUUUUUCUUUGGAUCACUGUAUCUGGUUCCAUAGGACAAAAUUUAACAUGAAUGAUUGGAUGUUAUGGGAACAAAAAAGUGACUUUGCAGGAGGGUCGCGUACUCACACCAUAGCAAGACUAUGGAGCCGAGCCGGAGAAUUGCUGAUGACAGCUGUACAAGAGGGUGUUGCUCGAGCUCCGCUUAAGAAAUGA